AUGUUUGAACCGGGUAUAAGCAAUAGUGAUAUUUUGUUUAAGAAAUCACUUCGAUCAGGAAAUAAGUCAGCUAAACUUGCAAAGAAGAAUUCUCAAUAUUAAUAUCAUGAAGGUGAUAUGAUCACUAGAUAAUUAUCUCAAAUUGUAUUCGAUAUGCAAAAUAAAAAUGAUUCUUUUGAUAAUGCUAUUCAAUUACUAACUGAUGAAUCAAGCAUAUUAAAAUAACAUUUAUCAUUCUAAGUAUUCAUACCUGAAGUUAAAACACAAAUAGGAGAAAAACUUUUAAAAGACAAUAAUCUAUGGAUUAUAAUAUUAGUUGUGUUUCAUUCUUUAUGCAAAGAGAAAUCUAAAUACUCAGAUUUUAUAUAAAGAAACAUUCUAAAUAUUAUGUAAAAAAUCUAUCAAGAGGAUUAAAUAUUGAAAUCGAUUCAAUAAUAGGCACAUUAGAUAAUUACAAAACCUGAAGAUGUAUAACAACAAAUAGUGAAUUAAUCUGCAUCUAAAUGUUCUAAAAGGUAACUUAGAGUUUAGUUUGAAGAAGAUAAAGAAAACUAAUAAAGUAAUAGUAAUCAAAAGAAAUUAUAAUUUUCGAACUAAAUUGAAUCUACUAAAGAAUAAGAAUAAACAAUGUCAAAUGAAAAAUUGAAAAAGAAAUUUGAUGAAUUGUCAAAAUAAUUUUAAGAAUUGAAUAGUGAUUCUUAUGAAAAUUAAGAAAUGGUUGUUCCAUAAGUAGAAGAAAUUAUAAAUGAAUAAGUAAAAGAAUUAGAGGAAGAAUUAAAAAAUUAACAUGAUUUAUCAAAUAAAAAAUAAAGGGUAUCAUUAACUGAAAAGAUUUUUUCUCGAUUAGGAUUUAAAGCCUGGAGAAGUGAAUAAAAAUUAAUAAAACCAAAUCCAAUUUAAACAAAAAUGAGAGGAAUUAGAUUAUUAGAUGGAUUAGAUUCAAGAGAGCUUCAAAUAAAUUAUGUGGCAAAAGUAGAAAAAGUUUUAGUCUCAAAUCUAAAUGAUAAUUAAUUACAUUCAAUUGUUUAAGUAUGGAUUAUUAUUUUAUAAUUUCAAGUUAUCUACUAAUAAUUCAUAAGAAUUAUUAGAAUGGGGACUUUAUGCUAUCAUUUAAUUAACUGAUUAAGAUUGCACGAGCAAAUAAUAUUUUGAAGAUAUGUAAUAUUAUAAAUAGUUGAUUGCAUUUAAAUUUAGAUAAGAUAGACAGAUUUAUAUUCCUUUUGGUAAAUAUGAAUUAAUAUGA